UGUUUGUUUGUUACUUUUUGGCACGUAAAUUUAUCGAAGAAGUAGUUGCAGUUUACUUCGUUAUUUGAUAUUUAUACUGACCGAUUUUAGCAUUUAUAAAUUGUAAUUAAAAUUCAAUGAUUGUCUCAAGAAAUGAACUUUUUGUCAAAUGAAAUCUCACCUCUGCAUGAAACUGCUCUCAGUGCUAAUAAAACUUCCAUGAAGAAGUUUCUAGAAACAGCUCCUGCAGUGGCCUUAGAGCAUAAAGAUGACUUUGGAAGAACGCCUCUUAUAUACAGCAUCUUGCAGAACAACCUCAGCUGUGCUAGUUUACUUCUUAAAGAAGGGGCACGAGUAGACAACAGUGAUAAUGUUGGCCAAACCCCUCUCCACUGGGCCUGUCAUGAGGGACUUCCACGGUUUGUGAGAGUUCUGUUAGACAGUGGUGCACGAUGGGAUCAGAAGGAUGUGGAUGGUGUGACACCUCUUCAUUUAGCAGCAGCUCAUCCAUUACCUCAAUGUUUGGCAUUAAUUUUACAGAAGCUUCAAACAGUUCAGGUUGAUAUGCAAGAUGGCCAAAAGGGAGCUAAUGUUCUGUUGCCAGACAUUGAUGGAAAAACCCCUUUACACUUGGCAGCUAGCCAGAAGAAUCACUCUGCUGUUGAAUGUGUUAAAAUGCUUUUGGAGGAAUCCCCAGGGGUAAUUGAUUGGCAGGACUAUGAAGGAAGAAGUGCUCUUCACCUAGCUGUGGCUAAAAGCACCACGGAAGUAGUUGAUAUACUGACAUCUCGGGACAGGUGUCACAUUAAUCAGUUAGACAACAUGUUUCGAACUCCUCUCCAUUGGGCUGCCGUUUUAGGGCUAGCAGACAAAGCAGCAUUACUUUUAGACAGAGGAGCAGAUCACACAAGUACUGACGGAAAAGGUGCCACACCUCUUCACUAUUCUGCCCAAGGAAAUCAUGCUGAAACUGUGGCAGUUUUUCUGGCUCGUAAAUACUGCUGUAUGCCAGACAAGCCUGAUUCCAUUGGACUUAGUGCUUUAAUAUGGGGAGCUGCCAAAGGAGCUGAUUCUGUGAUUCAAACAAUGCAUGACUUUAGGUUUGAUGUUUCAGUCCCAGACAAGAAUGGAAACACAGCUCUUCAUGCUGCUGCCAGUCAAGGACACUCUACUACAAUUGCUUUGCUGCUACAACUUGGAUCACCAUUAGAAGCUGUAAACAGGGAGAAAAAGACCCCACUUUUAUGGGCAUGUGAAAUGGGUCGAACUAAAGCAGUUCUGCUGCUUCUGGACAGUGGAGCUAGCCUUGCUGUCUCUGAUGUUCAGGGAAGAACCCCUCUGCACUGGUCAGCUUUAGGUGGGCACUCAUACUUGUGUCAACUUCUAGUACAGCAUGGAUGUGAUCCAGAUGCUGAAGAUUACUAUGGGAGAUGUGCUCUUCAUUAUGCCAGUUACAAGGGCUACCUCAACUGUUUGUCUGUUUUGCUGGAAAUCCAGGCUGACCCUAAUCAUAUAGAUAAUGAAGGAAAGACUCCUUUGCAUUGGGCCUGUACAAAAGGAAAUUUGGAAAUGGUUGAGUUACUAUGUAAUCAUGGUGCUAAUGUUAAUUUUAUGUCAAGACUUGAAGACAGAUGUACCCCUCUUGACUGUGCCUCAAACAAUGGACAUAUUGAUCUUGUACAGUACCUUCGUGAAAGGAAUGGCGCAUCAGCUGCUGAAGUAUUAGAGGUCGCUGCUGUAAGGAUUCAGGCAGCAUAUAGAGGACACAGAACCAGAACAUUCCUUCAUUUAUUCCACAUAAAAGCAGGACAAAAUAUUAAAACUAGUCGAUCCCACAUACUAAGUGCCAAAAGUUAUUUCAUGAAAGCCACAGAAGAUGAACAGUACCAACGCACAGAGCCUCAUAGUGAAGUCAGCUGUAGUCAAGACACUGUUAAAAACUGUAAAACAGUCCGAAGACCUGCUUCCUUUGACUGUUCUUGGCACAGAAUCAGUUUUCUUGAAAGCCAGCAAAAUUCCAGUAAUUUUAACAGUAUCUUUAGUUCUGCUUUAAAACAGGAUAAAAAAUCAACCAAUUCCAGUUCUCAAGUUAUAAAUGAAUAUAAAAAUGCAUUUGUUAGCAAAAUUCCUGUUGCCAAGUGGAGAAUCCAUAGCAAUUAUGAACAAAGUACAGCUCAAGGUUAUGGACUACCAUUUAUUUUAAACACAGAUUUUUUGAGUUUAUUCAAAAGUCACCUAGGUAAUGUGGAACAAGAAAUUAGUGCAACCUGUUCUGUCCCUUCAUGUGUAUUUGAACAAAUUGUUACUGAACUAAAGUUGUUAAAAGAUUCAUUGUGAUUUAUUUUUAAUACUCAAGCAUGGAUACAACCCCAAGAUUGAACAUACAAAACUAUUUUAUCGUAUGAAAAUCUUUUAAUGAUACACUGUAGAUUUUCUAAGUAUAUUUGCUGUAUAAACUCAACAUAGUAAUUAUAUAUAUUUUGUAUUGUGUAAAACAUUAGUUUUAGCUAAUUUUAUCCAAACUUCUUGACAUUUAUUGGAUGUUUUAAAACAGUUUAUUCUACCCCACAGUAGUAUAUACUUUUAUUUUAGGCUGAUUUUCAUAUAUUAUUUUUCAAUGUUUUUAAUUGAAGUCAUUUCUAGAUACCAGUUCUAGUCAAAUCAUCAUGUUAGAUGUGCCAAUUUUCUGUUGUUUUUUAAACCAAAAACUAUGCCUAUAUAAUUUUUUUUUUACAAAAAUGAUGUGGUGUUUUAAACAUUUAAAUUAAAAUAACUUUUUCAAUAAGAUGAAUAUAAAAUUUGUGUUGUUUCUUUUUUAGCAAAUAAUGGCAUUGAACAGAAUAUACUGUAAGAAUAAAUGUUUUUAUACGUCAAAUUUGUUUGUCUGACAACUUUUUUUUUUCAUAAAUUGUGGGUUUAAGAGUAAUUUCUAGUAGUUGAACUAGUAUUCUUCUUCAGUUUCUUGUUAUAUCAAUAUCAACUUAAUUUAGCUUGUUUUUCUCAACUUACUGUAAAUAUUUACAUUAUAACCUAGAAAAUUCUUUUAUUUCAAUUAAAUUAAUAUAGUGAGUUUGAUAGUCACAAUCUUCUUCUACUUACUACAUAGUUAAAUAAUGUUUAUGAGAACAAUAUAGAAUAACAACUAAAAGGGUUUGCUCCUUUAAAUAUCAACCAACCUUUGCAAAAUUUAAAAUACAUUUCUUUGAUAUUGUAGCUAGGUUGUACAUUAAUUUUAUACUUUUCUUGUUUUCCCAUAAUGUUAAGUAGAAUUCUUUAAAUUUAAUAAUAUUUUGUCAGAGCAGUGUAUGCAUAAAAAAAGAUCCAAAGCAACAUUUCCCAAACUUUUCUCAUCCACGCCUCCUUUGAAUAAAUAUGGUGUCUUGCACGCCUCCCCCUCUUUUUUUUGUUUCAAAUGAGUGAAACUGUGAAGUGACAAGAUAUAAUACAUGAAUACACGUUAAAAUUAUAUAUGUGUUGUAGUAAUUACUUAUUAUUUUCAUUAAUAAAAAAAAAAUGUAUUAAAAUGCUUAAUUUUGCAUUAUUGUACUAUUGGCUCUACCUUCCAAGAGAUCAUUUGUGUCCCCUUGAAUGGUGUGUCACACAUUAAAAUGCUUAAUUUUGCAUUAUUGUACUAUUGGCUCUACCUUCCAAGAGAUCAUUUGUGUCCCCUUGAAUGGUGUGUCACACAUUAAAAUGCUUAAUUUUGCAUUAUUACAUUAUUGGCUCUACCUUCCAAGAGAUCAUUUGUGUCCCCUUGAAUGGUUUGUCACACAUUUUGGGAAAUGCUGGUCUAAAGAGUUGAAAGUGGAAAAUGAAACUUGAUGCUCUUAGAUUUUCAUAUUAAUUGAGUUUGAAAGUGAUUUGCUAUAUUUAGAAAAAGGUAAAGGCAAGCUACGUAAGCUAUAUAGUUAAGGAUUGAGUUCUAGGCUGUAUUUAUUUUGUAAUCUCAUAAUUUCUCAGUUUUUAUCCUGCUGGUGUUUUAUUAGUCAUAUUUUUAAAUGUGUUACUGUUAUUAAUGGUACUACCUUUAUUUAAGUGUUUACAUAUCAUUCUUUAUAUUUCAGAACCUUUCUUCAUUCAUGGUCAUUUUGUUAACAGUGAAAGAAGGCAUGUUGUUGCCUUAUUUUGGUUGUUCAUUUUAUAUAUGCAUUUAAGAAUGCAACAAAUAGCAAAUAAAACUGGACAAAUUAAUUGUAAAAUAUUAUAUAUAGAGAAUUCAACUAAGAUAUUUUGUCUUUCCAUAAACGUGCUUUGUUUCUAUUGGCCUUUUCUUUAUGGGCCUUAGUCAUAUAAUUAAAAUGACGUUUUCUAGAAGUUUGUUUUAUGAUGAUAAAUACAUGUGAAAGUUUUUGUUAUGGUUUUAUUAAAUUGUUUGUAUA